GUUUCUGGUCGACGGGGGCGGGGCGUGGAGGCAGGAAGAUGCUGCUGGUGCUGUCGGAGGAGCAUAAGGAGCACCUGGGCUUCCUUCCCCAGGUGGAAAGCUCAGUUGUCAGUGAAUUUGGUCGUAUUGCUAUGGAGUUUUUAAGGAAAGGCACAAAUCCAAAAAUCUAUGAAGGCGCAGCAAGAAAACUCAAUGUUAGUAGUGAAACAAUUCAGCAUGGAGUUGAAGGAUUAACAUAUCUUCUCACUGAGAGCUCAAAACUCCUGAUAUCUGAGAUAGAUUUCCAAGACUCUGUACUUGUACUAGGAUUCUCCGAAGAAUUGAAUAGUUUAUUACUUCAGCUGUAUCUCGACAACAGGAAGGAGAUUAGAAGUAUUCUGAGUGAAUUAGCACCAAAACUUCCUAGUUAUCACAGUCUUGAAUGGAGAUUAGAUGUGCAGCUUGCCAGCAGAAGUCUGAGACAACAAAUUAAACCAGCUGUGAUUCUGAAACUCCACCUUAACCAGAAUGGAAAUCAAACUACCAAAAUAUUACAAACUGACCCUGCUACAUUGCUCCACCUGAUUCAGCAACUCGAACAAGCUCUGGGAGAAAUGAAAACAAAUCACUGCAGACGAAUAGUGCGCAACAUCAAAUAGUAUUCUCUCAGUAAACGUAUGGAAUUAUGAAAAACAAUGUCAGAAAACAGAACAUAUGGACCAGUCAAAACACUUUCCUGGGGCAGAGUCAUGAGACAUUGUUUACAGGCUGAAUUCCAUUGGUGCUAAAAUACUGCCAGAUGGAAGGUAGAAUUGUCAAAUGCUAAGAAAGCAUUAAUUUGAUCAUGCAAGCUUUUCUGAUCUUAUGUACAACUGUCUUUUGCAUAAAAUAAAGCACUAAUUAUUGGUAUGGUGACCAAACAUUUAUUUCCUAUCUUUUUUCUGAUAUGUAAGAGUAAAGGAACACAUGCAAUACUAUUUCUUCUGUCCCAUUUCUUUCAAUUACUAUGUUAGUGUUGGUCAAGCUGCUAUCAGAAAUGUAGAAAAAAAUCAUCUCUAACUGUCCACUAAUAAUUACUGUAUAAGAGGCAGCAGCAGCUUAUCACAAAAAUGGUUGUGUUAAAGUAAAUAAUAAUUCUUGGCUCCCUAAAGAUGGUACUUUCUAUGUGUGAGUUGUCUUGAAUCAGUGCCCUUGGAUAGCUUACUGUUUACCAGCUCCCCAUUUGAAUACUGCUGUUACAGUGGCAGAAACUACUAGUUUUGUAUGGUACAGAUUAAUUACUUGUAGAGUUGCAUAGGCAAGAGAGUUUGAUCUGCGUAUAUAUAGAAGAAAAUAUGUGAAUCAAGGAAGUUAAUAAAAUCAUAGAAAACCA